GUUGUUCAUAGCGUUUUCGUUUGUUGUAGAGGGAGGGAGAGAGACGGCGCACCGCGGACGCGUCCAUUUUUCCUGGUUGAACGAGUACAUGGGCGAUUCGAAGCGACUCUAGCGGCACAAUAAUAUUUCGGAGAGUGGUGUUUUGGUCUAUAUUGAAAGAUGUCGGACGAGUUGUUGAAGCAGUUGAGCAGCUACAGGGCUCAGCUGCAGCAGGUGGAAGCGGCGCUCUCCACAGACCCCGAAAAUGAAGAUCUGUUAAAGUUACAGAAAGACCUUCAGGAGGUCAUCGAGUUGACAAAAGACUUGUUGGCGGCUCAGCCAGCAGAGGGCGUUGCUAGUAGCAACAGCUCAGAUGCAGCGCCACUCAAACACAGCUGGAAAGUAGGAGACAGUUGCAUGGCCGUGUGGAACCAGGACGGACAGCAGUACGAGGCAGAGAUAGAGGAGAUCGACAGCGAGAAUGGCACGGCCGCCAUCACCUUCACCGGCUACGGCAAUGCUGAGGUGGUGCCUCUGCACAUGCUCAAAGCAGCCGAGCAGGCCAAGAGCAGCAUGGACGAAGGAAGAAAACCCAAGUCCAAGAAGGAGCUGCAGGCAGAGCAAAGGGAAUACAAGAAGAAAAAAGCACAGAAGAAAGUGCAGCGGAUAAAAGAGCUAGAACAAGAAAGAGAAGACCAGAAAUCCAAAUGGCAAAUGUUCAACAAUAAAGCUUAUUCAAAGAACAAGAAGGGGCAAGUAAAACGCAGUAUAUUUGCCUCACCGGAGAGCGUGAACGGAAAAGUUGGCGUGGGUACGUGUGGGAUCGCAGACAAACCCAUGACUCAAUACAACGACACGUCCAAAUACAACGUAAGGCAUCUAAUGCCUCAGUGAGGUUUUUCAUCUGUUCUUGGGAUCCUCCCUACGUCCCCACCACCAUCCCAAAAAGAACAGCUGGUGGAGCAUCCAAACCUCGGUCUGGACACUGAACAGAAGCAACUAUAUAAAUCCACCAUAUUUUAUUUCGGGAUAUGGAAAAGGUGUUAUUUUGAGAAAAAGCAGUAGCCUAGAUGUUGAGUGAAAUUCAUAAGUUACGAGGACGAGGCUGCAGCGUUAGCGCUUUACAGCUCAAUCAAAAAGGAAACCAUAUGCUCAUGCCAGCAUAACCUCCACUGGAAACUAAUGGUCUAGCAGGUUUCUAUCAAAAAAAGCAAGCUUGAAAUAUAUAUCUUCAGUUUGUGCCCCAAUUCCAACCAAUACGUCUACAUCAUCCAGCGGAGAUGGGAACUCUGACUUUUAGUAUUUUAACCUUUUAUUUGAUAUGCAAUAAAUGCAUUAAGAUCCUUCUGAGGUAAACUGAGUGAGCUUUUCACUACAGAACCUGAGAGACUGUUUAGUUUAUGUGCUUAUCGCGUGUCAUUUGCUAAAACGUCAGAGUCCUGUACAUCCCUCUGUGCGGCACCAUUUCGUGGAACGGAUUUCUGUUGUCGGUCUUAAUUUCGAUAUAAAGUUUUGUACACCUUUACAAGGAAUAAAGUUUUUUUUUCUAUCUGUA